AUGCAUCCAGAGAUUACACACAGGCGCCAAUGGCUCGCCCGCACCUUCGCACCGUACAUCCUCGUAGGCGGCUCGCAAACGGCGAAAAGGGAGGUGGCUUUCUUCACCGGGCUCUCUCUUGCUUGCCUUUUCCAGCCCUUCAAUGGGGAGACGGUUCACCGCAUAAGGAGCCACGUUAAGCGUCGGGCGGGGGUGUCUGUACACCGGGGCCGCCGCCACGCAGAAUCCUCUCAUGAUCCACCAACGCCCACGUCUUCGAGAUCUGCCUCUGACGAUGAAGAAGAGUUCUCCCCCGAUCAACUGGACCCCUCGGGGACGGUGUCUCGGCUCGGACCGCCGCGAGGAGUGCCCCCUUUGGUGCUGCAGCUACGCGCGGAUUGCGGAGCAUCUGCCGGCUCUGCGGGUAACAGUUCGAAAGCCAGCAGCAUCAGCGCCUCCGCAGGAGGAGGAGGCUCUCUCAAGCGACCUUCUCGGCCUUUAAGCGUGCGCUUUCUCAACUUGGAAGAGGCCGAGCCAGUGCCUUGCCCUUCCGUCGAGUCGCUAGCUGCACGCUCCCUGCUGCUGGCGUCUCCUAGCGUGAGCGAACUGCGAGAACAGAUGCGCUGUUCAGUCUUCGGAGGGGGCGUGCCGCCGGAUAUGAGGAAGCCGGAGCCCUCUACCGCCGCCAGCCAUCCCGCUGCAGAGACCUCCUUAGGCGCUGAACUGCCCUGGUACAACGAGUGGCGGCGUGUGAUAUUUGAAGGCACACGCUUCAGCUCCCAUGAAACUCUGUCGCAGCCUGUCGGCCUCAUCUUCGUCGUGAGCACACGCGAUCCUGACCCUGUAGCCGCCUUGGAGGAGCUCCUGCAGCCUUCCAGCCUGCCGCAAAUGUGCAGACAGUACAUCCUCGAUCCGAACCCCGUCAGGGCAGUCAUUCUGCUGGACGUACACCUCGACGCAUGCGCCGCCCGCAUGCGCGCUGCGGCUGCUCCAACGCCUGAUGCACAGGAGCCUCUCGCCUCCCCAAGCGCAGGAGGUGCUCCGCGAGGCAACUCAGAAGAUUUUGCCAAAGGGUUCUCCACCGAUGGACUUCGUGCAAAAGGCGACUCGGAGGGGGCCCCCUCUGCGGGGGGAGGAGGGGCCCCCCUCCCCCCGGGCAUUCAAGAGAGGGCAGCCUCCUCAAGACCUAUGGAAAUCAUGGAACGCCUCUGCGAGAUCUUUCCUCCCGCCAACUGUCACCUGCUGACGCUUGGACGCGGCUGCACAAGCACCCGACAUGCGCAGCUGCUCCCUGCAAUUCGCUUCCUCUACGCGCAGUCUCUGUCCUUCUCCUUCCACCAAACCCUUGGCGCAAGCCUAUCCCCCACGCUGCUCACGCACCCCGCUCCUCCGCACGCGCAACACCCCCCGCCAACCUCGAAGGCGGCAGAUUCUCCGGCCCAGCCCCAGCAGCAGCAACAGCAGCAGCAGCAGCAGCUGCUGCUGCUGCACAACGAUCCCCUUCAGCAAGUCCAGCACCCCCAACAGCUGGCAGACGCCAUCAUUCGAUCCGCAGAAAAGCUUCCCGUGGCUGCGCGCCUGACUGCCAACGCCAUCCCCCCCCCUGCUCCCCCCUCCCCUCCCAAGCCCGCAUCUCAGCAGCAACACCUGCAGCAAGAGCAGGCAGGAGAAGCUGCCCUCCGCUUCUCCCCCGCCUGCCUCGGCUGCAGCUUCUGCGUCGGCUUGGCGUGGCAAGAUCUCCAGUGGCUUGGAGCAUUCGUGCGGCAUUUCGUGGCGACUUCUGUAGUUCCUUGGUCAGAGCAACGCAUUCGACAACUCGACGCAAGCAUCAGCAGCAACCGCAAAGGCCUAAGAAAUCAGCUGCGCUACCUGUGGAGGAAGCCUAAGGCAGUCACUGCCGCGUCGGCUACUCCCACUGCCGCAGCAGAGGCGGUCGUGGUGGGGAUUGCCGCUGCAGCUGAAGAGGCGGGAGGAGCAGCUGAAGCUCUCUUAUCCGCCGUUGGAGGCGCGCUGCUUGGAGAAUCAGGCAGUGGCAGCGGCGGAGGGGUCGUCAACGGAGGCUCCAGCGACACUGGGGAGGGGAAGGUGGUGAUGGGUGGAGCGGGAGGGUCGUUGUCUGUAUCGCCUACUGUCACGCCUUCUGCAGGCUGCUAUGUCCUGCACGCUAUUGAGUGGCAGUACCGACUCUUGGGGGACCUUAGCUUGUUGUUUGGAAGCGCAGAAAGCGCUUUGCAGAGUUACAGAAGCUGCGCCACCGACUUCAAGCAAGACAAGCGCUGGCUGCACUUGGGAGGCGCAUACGAAAUGUGUGCGGUGGCACUACACGCCAUGGCUGGCCCCAGGCGGGAGAUUGAGUCGUACAUUGACCAGGCAUACAACGCAUACGUAAAGGCUGCAGCAGGCCGUCUGGCACUGCGCUGCGUGCUGCUCGCGCAUCGCUUGCUGAUGGACGGCAGCGGCAGCACGAGCAGCAGCAGCAGCAGCACGAGCAGCAGCAGCAGCAGCGCGAGCAGCAGCAGCGCGAGCAGCAGCAGCAGCAGCAACAGCACGAGCAGCAGCAGCAGCAGCAGUGCCGCCACAAGCUUCUUGCAGCUGCCGCACGUCCUGCAUCUGCCACUGAUGACUGGAGGCGGAGGACGCUCUGCAGAUGUCUCCGCUGAAGUCGCGCGGCGUCUCAUCGCCGCAAAUGCGGAGCUUCCCUCUCUGGAUGCUUCCAUGUGGCAGCAACAGCAGCAGCAACAGCAGCAACAGCAACAGCAGCAACAGCAGCAACAACAAGGGGUGUCGGCUAUUCAGGCCCAAAGCCAAGCCAUCAGGAGUGCGAUGCUGCUCGAGCAGGCAGCUGUCUGCCUCGAGCACGCAGGCUUCUCACAGUGGAGGAAGCGCAACUUUCAGCUCGUCAUGGCAGGGCAUACAUACUACAAGGCGGGAUACAAACGCUUCGCGCUGCGCUGCUAUCUGCACGUCUUUGAGGGCUAUGAGGCGGGCGGUUGGCAUCAUGUAGCACAACACUUGCGCUUCAUCAUGGCACGACAAACCUUCAGUCUACACCUUCUUGAAGAAUCCAUUCUGCAUUUUCUGGGGCUUCUUAAUAGCAUCGCUGCCCUGCACGAAUGCCGCAUGCUUACGGGCAGUGGCGGAGCAGGCCUUGCGCUGAUCCCUCCGGAGCGGCAGUCUCACUACGUGAGAGAAUUUCUGUUUGUGUGUCGGGUGCUCCUUGAGCGGCAGCGGCUCGCUGCAUCCGAAAAGGUUGUAGCGGCGAGAGCUUUCUUAGACAGACCCUCAGAGAAAUUUGCACAGGGCGAAGAUUUCACAAGUGCCAUCACUCUCGAUACUGAGCUCCGCGUGCCAAUUCUUCAGCUGCGAGACACCCUAGGAUUGUUGCGGAACAGUGUUGGCGUGUACCUGCCUGGAGACGCUCUCCUCGCUGAGGCGGAAGGGACGCUCCCCCUCAGCGCGGCAUCUCUGCCGUCUGAAUCGCUGGCCUUCGCUUCGCUUGAAGGCAGUUUUGUCUCGUGCCAGGCCUUCGAGGAACUUCGCCGAACCACCGCAGUUGGGCUGCCCGUUACUGUCGAGUUGCGUCUCAUGAAUCCUUUGUCCCUCCGCAUAGAGCUCAGCAACCUCCGGCUUUUUGGAAUUCUCCUGCCACGGGGUGGCUUGUCUCCCCAGGAGGAAGCUGCUACACCCCAGGCGGAGCUUACGGAGGCUGCAGCAGCUCAGCAGGCCAUAGCCUUCUCCACUGUCAAUGUCGCCCUCGAUCCUACUGCGUCGGCAAGUGUUCGACUGACUGCAACACCGCUAAAGCCUGGACGGCUGUGUUUGCAAGGCAUUGUCGGGGAGCUCUUUCGGUUGGUGCGAGUCGCUCAGUUUUUUUGUUUGCACGGCUCUCAGCGCGUUGAACGGCGCUUUGACAUCGGCCACUGUCACCUGGACUGCGAGGCGGAGGAGGAGAACGAUCGUGCAGCAGACGCGGAGGAGGGUCGUUGCAGGCUGCAGCAACGUCUCAGCAUGAUUCGCCAGCUGCUGGCGUCCUCGCAGACUUCGGAGAUAAAGGGGCAGCUGUCUCGCCUGCUUCACGGGCUGCCCCUCUUUUACGCGUUGCACGUGGAGGAUUUCAGACUUCUGCACAUGGAAACACCCAUACGGGUCUUUCGCUGGGAUGCGCGCAGCCGAGUGAACGAGACACACAGACCUGAUCUGCGCCUCGAACUGGAAGUUGCGAAAGACUUCGCAUUUCUAGACUGCCAGUUUCUUGACUGGCCAAGACACUACCGCCACCACGCCUCGAAAAGCAGUCCGCGAAACUCGGCGGAAGCGGCAGUGAGGCAGAGCGGCGAAACGCAAAAACGUGAAGAUGAGAAAUGCUCCGCACUGACGCAGCACCAAACACAGACACCACCCGAGGACGCGGCAGCUGCAGCCUUAAAAGGCAUGCCCAACCCAUCAGCAGCACGCGGCAAAUGCGGCCUUAAAAGGCAUGCCCAACCCAUCAGCAACGCGGCGAAUGCGGCCUUAAAAGGCAUGCCAAAUCCAUCAGCAGCAUGCAGCGAAUGCGGCCUUAAAAGGCAUGCCAAAUCCAUCAGGAGCGUAAGCCAAGAAAUAGUUUGGUGGGAAGCGGUAGAGGAAGGCGCUGAGAUGGCCGUCAUCAAUGAAGCUCCCGCCGCUGAGUGUUGCGCAGCAUUUCUUUGUGCCCCCGCUAUGAAGCCCUUUAGCCCCCAUGGAAGUGAUGUGUCUGCGUGUGAAGUUCGCGAGACGCCGUGGAUGCUGGCGGGGGAGCAGCGGGAGUGCUUCCUUUUGGUGCGAAAUGGCGCAGCAGCCCGUUCUCUGGAGGAGCUCACAGUCGCAGUAUUUCCCCAGGAUAUCGUGUCCAUUACGUCUGCGACGCUGCUUUCAGAGGCGCAGGUUAAAGCAGCAGUGGAGAUGCGCUUGGGGCAGCAGCUAGUGCAAAUGCCGAAGGCUGUGCAGGCUGCUGCCUUACCCGACGGCCUUCCUCUGCGCGUCCACUCGUGGGGUGUAGGCAGUUGCAGCAGCAGCAGCAGGAUGAUGAUGAUGCCCGCAGGGGAGCUCGACAGCUCCUCUUUCGUUCGCGUUUUUAGUUUGCAGCCGGCUGCCUCUGCAGCAGAGGGUAGCGACUGCAAACUACAAACGCCGACAAAGUCGAGCUCUCUCAUUCCUCCAGGGAUGACAGCCUGCCUCCGCCUCUUUGUGCGAGCGACGUGCGCUGGCAUUCAUCGCGUCCGCUUCUGCCUGAGAGGGCUGCCUGAGAAGCAGCAGCAGCAGCAACAGUCGCAGAGCGAAGCAGACACAGGAGAUCACGUGCGGCCCGUCUGGAGGGCAGUGGAGGCAAUUUUCGCGGUAGCCCCUUCUCUCGAGCUCCACGUCGAACCGCGGCUGUCGUGGCGCGUGCCAUCUCAAGUCCUCUUCUUAUGCAGAGUCCGCAGCAUCUCCCCACACCGCCUGAGGGUGUGCGGCCUUUGUGCCCAGGGGCUGCCUUCCGCCCAAACGUGUGCUGCAAGUCGUACAGCGGCGAGUGGCGGUAGUCUCUUCCCUGGAUGUGUGCCGCUCAUACCCUACAGGUGGACGUUCAGCGAAGGCACAGAAGGCAGCAAGACGGGCAGCAGCUUUGCUUCUGACGCGCGAGGAUCGCCUCCUGCAGAUGCCCCUCAGAGAGAGCUGGGACCUUCGGAGGAGUUGCUCCUCGUCUACGCUUCUCAAGACGCGGAAAAACUCCAGCGUUUGGCGGAUUUAUCUGCAGAGAAUCAAGUGCAGGUGGCCCUUCAGUGGGAGCUCUGCGGCGCGAGCGACCAAGAGCCGUCCUCCUCAGCUUCGACUGCUUCCUCCAGCCUGCCUUUUGACAGCCGCUUGCCUUCUGCUGCCUCUUCUGCCCUCCCGCAUCAUCCCACAGAAUCCGCGCACUUCUUUCAAAGGCCCCCCCCCACCGCUUACGGUGAAGGCAGGAGCUGCCGCCAGCGCACAGGAACGGUAUCAUCGCUCAAUCCCGUGUCGCUUGCCGUGAUGCCUCGUGGCCUUCCCCUUGAGUUGACGGUUGCACCUUCGCUGGCACUUGACCGGCGGUGCAUUCGCUGGACAGCGGAGGCGCCCUGUAUGUACACCGUGGCGUUUAUCGUGAGAAACGUCUCGAGCUCGCUCCACCUCCGUCUGCGCCUGCGCAUGGCAUCCCGAAGUAGCGGGCCGACCCUUCGAAGCCAAGAGGAGGCUUUUCCGGCGCUCGAAGCCUUCGAACCCUCGGCAGAAGUCGGCGCUGCAUCACUUCGAGACGCCUCGGAGCUGAGCCAACGGAAAGGGAGCGGCGCAGUCCAGGGGGGCUCAGCUGACUCCCCGCACUUUGGCCUUCGGCCGUUGUGCGCCGCAGUUCUUGCAGAGGGUGAAACUGACAACACCCUCGAUGCGCAGCUCAAGGCUGAACUGCCUGACGCGUGCUACAACGACGGGGUAAAGGCCCGCCUUGGCCGUCGCAUCGUAGAUUUUAACCCUGGGAAUGGUCAGCAGGGGCACGUGGGCGAGGGGGGGCGGCUUUCGCAGCUGGGCUUGAAGACUGGCAGCGGCGCGGACGGGUUGAAGACUCCACAGGUGAGAGGGAGGCGCAGCCAUCCGGCAACUAAGCGAAGGCUGGCUUUUCCUGCACAACUAUUCAUGAGAGGCACAGGGUCGGGGGCACUAGGGAGAGGAGGAGCAGGUCAGCAGCAUGCGAUCUCCAGAUGCGGCUCCCAGGGGAGCACGCCAACUGUGGCGCUAGACGGAAGUUGCAUUUGGCUCGGAAAAGUAAGCCACGACUUGGGGGUGCUGCCUCCGGGGGCAAGUGCGCAUGCAGAGUUCACGGCCUUAUUUCCGUGUCCAGGCAUCUACAAUUUAAACGCUUUGAAGGCGCAAGUCAUUCUGGUGGCAGAUGAGACUGCAAGGCAGGAACAGAAAUGCAGACAGAUCGGCGACCCCAGCGCGCUGCGUGCGCUGGACCACCGAUUCAAAGAAACGCGGCGGGGUGCACACCUGCGGAAGUCGGGAUGGCCAUUCGGCUGCAGCACUGCAUUGCUGGACCCAGCAGCAGACAGACAGCCUAGGAGAACCGACGGCGGGGGGCCCAUACGCGACUCAAGCUCCGAUCGAUUGAGCGCGGUGCACGUAGCCACAGUUUUACACACCCAGCAGAGAGGUGACAGCUCCAAAACUACAGGCAUAGCCGAAUCGUCACACAGGCUGGCAGCUGGCCGUUGCCUUUGUUACAAAAAAGCUACUUCACUAGAUAUGCGCAUAGCAGUUCAAAAAGAGCGAAACAACACUGCCCUUCUCCCGGAAUGGCAAAAACCCAAACUACGAAGUGUCACGAUGCCCUUCAAAGUUGAGGGCUUCACGGCGAGUGCCGUUGCCUCGUUGGAUGUGUAUUGUGUUCCGUCCCUGUGUAUUGCUUCGUGUUCAGAUGAUUUCUAUACGAUUGCGUGA